CCGAUGUUUUGGCGCACGAACUUCUAAAUUAACAGUUACCGCAGAAAUAUUCCAAAUUUUUUGUCAAAAUUUACUUUUGUGAGUAUGUGUUUACCCUUUUUUGUGCUUUCACCUUAAUUUAACAAUUUCGCAAUGUGUGACAGAAGUGAUAGAGAGGAAAAUAAUCGAGCUAGGAGAAAUAUCUUGGAGGAAAACCAAGGGCGUUUUCCUGCAGAAUUUGUGGAAGUUUUAACACAAUUGAUCAUCUGUUACCUAAUAGAACGUCCAGAAGAUGGAGUAGAAUUCUGUUUAGACUUUUUCCGUAGGCUUUUGAAUCAACGCAGUGAAGGUGAAAGUUCCGGAGAGGGGAAACAUUAACAAGAUUUUUCGCACAGGUGAGAGACGUCGUCUUCAGAAGUAUACUUUUUCAAAAUUUAUGUUAUCUUUCUCUUCAUAUAACUGGCAAUCUACGGACACAUCCAACCGGACUGGUGAAGACGUCUCCAUCUAGCAAAAUUUCCAGAAGAAACCGUUCCAAUACAUACACCUACACAUUUGAGGCUUCAACAUAAAUUUUUUUCCGUUAAACCACGUUCACACCCGACACCAUGGAUCCAAAUCCACCAUUUAGGAACUCAAGGACAAGACUACUAGAUUCACAAGAAACUUCAAAGCUAGUGCUAUCAGCGAAAAUGCCGCUUAAAUUGCAAGAUCAUGGUAGAAAAAUGUCCAUCUCGAACCAUGAGAAAAAUCGAAGACCAUCACGGAUUAAUGCAACUUUCUAUAUACCAAAUGUUGCUAAUGGUUGUGGAAUUCUAAUGAGUAAUAUAAGCAUUUCCACAAGUGCGGCUGUUAGAGAAACUAUGGUGCCUGGAGUGACCUGGAAGAAACUACGACCAUUUACGGCACCGAAGCCACGCACAAAAUUAACUGGACCAUCCCAAAACAUCUUGACCACUGAAAAGUAUGCUUUGAGAAAGAAAAGAUUGUGCUUGGUGGCCAGUGGAGUGGCAAAAUUCCCUGAUUUUCAUGGAGUAUACAAUAAAGAAGGUAGGUGCACGAAGAACGACUGCGAGCUAGUCUCAUGUGUAUCAAGAUUUCGAAGAAGUCGUCCUUGGAAAAAUGGUUUCUGUGAUUAUUCUAAAUUGAUCGAAUUCAAAUCAUAACCUUGUUAAAUAUCACGCACAACUACCCCAAGCACAUAUUAGUCCUACACAUUUUCCGGAGAGAUAUGUACCGGAGGAAAAUUCCGUAUUGUCUGUAUAUUAUGAAAUUGGUUUGCCAAUAACCAAAAUUGCCGAUUGUAAUAUCAUAUAUCAAUAUUGAUAAUAUACGCAUCUGCUGAUCUAUACUAUA